AAGGGAGAGCAAGAUACCUAUUGACUCGCUCUGCUCAUAUGUCCGACAGUGGGUACAAGUGGUGGUCUGCACUUGGCGCACUGCCGCCGUGGUAUCUCUGGCCCACCCGAUUGGGAGGUCCUCCCCUGCAGCCAUUGUUCGUUAAUGCAGCGUUUAUGCAGCCAAGAGAGAAUUGAUGCCACAUAUCGUUCUACCUGAGCAGAGGCAGAUCUCCUGCAAGGACAAACCUGAGGCAUCAACUGCCCGAUCCAUCUAUUUGCUUGACAGCAAGGAGCGUCUUCCAUUCCAGCUUCGACCUUCUACUCUCUUCUCGUUCCUUCCUGUCGUCUUCUCGUGGACCAGUCUGUCAAUCUGUCAAUCUGUCAGUCUUGGCAGACUAGAGCUGUCCGCCUUCCCCGGAGGCUCUGAUUGGAUGAUCCACCAUUCUUCAGGCGAGGCGAUCGACGGCCGACCGUGGAGAGAGAAUUCGUCCUUCAUUCCUCGUGCGCUCCCCUCGUCCAUUCCCCUCAUGGAGCCGCCCUCCCCAUGUCCAGUCAACGACCGCGAGUAGUCCGAUCCCGUUCGGGUUGUCGCACGUGUCGUGCCCGUCGCGUCAAAUGUGACGAAACACCCGGGGCCUGUCAACGGUGCACGUCCACAGGGCGAACCUGCGAUGGGUAUGAUGUGCAGAGGCUGCCGGGGAAGAAGAAUCGCCGCCUCAAGAGC